AUGCCAGGGGCCUUUCACAACGACGUCGGUGCUGCGGCGACGACGACGAUGGCCUCCAUCUUCCGACCUCCCGUAUCGUCACCCUCUCCCUCCGGCUCUACCUUUCUCGACGUCGCACCAAAGCGCAAACGAGGCCGCACAGGCACAACCGCGGCACCCUCGGCAGACGAUGCGCCCGCCGCCGUGAGGAGCCUCUUUGGCGCCGCCGCCGUGCCGCCGCUGCACACGCCUGUCAAGGCAUACACCCUCGCCGGGACGCUAGACACACCGGGCGCGGCCGAAUCGGACGUCCUCGGCGAGAGCAUGUACUCCGACUCCAACUACCGGACCGCCCUAGGGUCGAAGCGCUCCCGCCACGACGACGACGAUGACGACAGCGGCGGCGGCGUGCCAACGUCGCUCUUCCGCCACAGCCCGCCCUCGUCCCCCUCGCAAGGAUGGGGCAGCACCGCCAUCAACGUCGUUGGCGGUGUCGUCGGGGGCGUCGUCGGCCGCGUCUGGGAGUUUUGCAAGGCGGGUGCCUUCAAGGGCUUCUACGCCGGCGGUGGCCGGAGCUUUGCCAUGACCGGGACAGGGGCCAUGGUGGAGAGCAACGACGACGACGCACCACCCCCCCUGCCACCCGCCGACGACUACUCCUACAGCUACCACUACCAGCACUACGACGACUACGAGCACCGCGUCCCCGGCCACUUUCCCGCCUCCCAGCCCGAACAAGCCUUCUCGUACCGUGCCACCGUCGACGACGCCGCCGCCGCCGCCGCCGUACCACCACCACCACCCCUUUUCCCCGACCACUACCCCCCCUAUCGCCCCGCCAGCCCGGCCCCUAGCCUCCCGGCCGCCAAGCGGAGGCAGACGACGCACGCCGACGACCUCGGACGAAACUGGGUGCUCGUCAACGACGUCGCCGCCGCCGCCACCGUCGUGAACAGCCGCCGCUCGUUUGCCGCCUCGACCGCGACACCACGCAAAAGCAGCGGCAGCCACCGCUCAUCACCGCGCAACCGCAACUACACGCCCUCGGUGACCACGGGCCGCCGCAUCUCGACGACACCCAACAGCCGCGCCUCGAUGCCGUCGGCCGCCCGCUUCUCCUACCGCCCGGAGACGCCGUCGGACCAGACCACCCCACAGCUGGUACGCCCGGCCUCGUCCGCGUCCUACGCCUCACCGCGGUCCGCCUCGCCGACCAAGCUCACCUCGUACUACACCGCUAGCACCGCUAGCACCGCCUCCACCACCGCCUCCCCCUCGCAGCAGCACCCGCACGCCUUUUCCACCUCGCAGUCCCGAGGCGGCCACGGUCACCGCCGCCGGCGCAGCAACACCGCCGCCAGCACCACGCACCGCCGCACCAACAGCGCCGCCUCGGCGGCGUCGAGCCGAGGCGAUGCUGCGGCUGCCGAGCACAUUGCCAGCCCGCGCCUCGGCGCCGAGGCCAAGCAACUCGCCGCCCGCCGCAUGAUGGAGGAGCGCGACGCCGACGUGCGCAUCUCGGCGUUUAACAAGCGCCUCCAGGACAUGAUUCGCCAGGGCAAGGAAGCCCUGGGAACCACGAUUGAGAUUGACGACGCGGCCGGCGAAGACUGGGUCGACGAGGAGUAA